AUGUGUAAUAAAUUGAAAUUGUUAAAUCUGUUGAUAAUAGUGGCUGUGUGUAGUUGUACAACUUCGGCUGAAUUCGAAACGAUUGCAACCCAUAGUGGGCGUGGCUUUUUAACCGACAAUGGUUUAACACGCACCGUACAUCACAUACUAAAUCAAUGUUUAAGUAAAGAUGAUGUCGUGUGGUGUUUCAAAGUACAAGGAGCCAAACUGCUGGGACGCGCCUUAAAGUUCCAAAACAUCAAUAUCAUCGAAGGCGUGGCCUUAGUGAAGAAAAAUGACAGUGAAUUGAGAUCGGGCCGUUCGAGUGUUAUGGAUCUUAAACUAAACAAUAGAGACUUGGAGAAUCUGUCGAUGAAAAGUUUGGAUUCAUUGUUAAUGGAAAGAUUUCUCUCAUUCAUACGCUCACGACAACUGCAAGUGAACAUGCCACGCCUGUUGGCCUUUGGCAAAACGAAUAGCCAGGAUUUAUGGCAAACAAUCAUGGAAUUUUUCACCUCAAACAGUGACGCUAGUGAGGAAUCUGAAGGACGUAAAAAAAAGGAUGACAAGAAAUACUUGGGUCCCUUUAUAGCGGCUGUAAUGUUAAAAGCUGCCAUUUUAAAGAUGGCCUAUCACUCAAUUGCCAUAGUGGCGGGCAAGGCCUUGAUAGUGGGUAAAAUUGCUUUGAUAAUUAGUGCGAUAAUUGGUUUGAAGAAAUUGGUCUCGAAUGAGGGAGGCGAGAAAACCACCUACGAAAUUGUUAAACAUCCUCAGGUCCAGCAAAGUCAUACGUAUUCGUCGAGUCAUGCGGGUGAUUAUGAAGGCGGUCAUGAAGGUGGUUCCUCCUACCAUCGCAGUAUGGAUGAUGAAAUGAUGAUGCAGGACAAGGCCUAUAAUGCUUGGGUGCCGUCCAAUGCGUAA